CGCGUGUGCGCACCCGUCAUGUCGCUUUCUGCGUCGCCAUUAUCGUCUGUUUCUACUAUUUCUUUCCCCAAAACACACGGUUCCCAUCCAGCCAUAGCAGCCAUGGCAGUCCUGGCGCCAGCGAGGAGGCGACGGCCGUACUGGCACGCUAUAUGAACGAUCCCAGAUAUGUUCCCGCGAUUCGUUCAACACCAAGUAGCUUCGACUGGAGCUCGGUCAAUUUCACCUAUCCCCUGCCGCUCAAGCCUGGGACGCCCGCCCCUAUUAAGAACCGCCCUCGGAUACAGCACACGUUCAAGCCCGACGACCCCAGCGCACAUGCAGAGCAGGAGGCGAGACGACUCGAGGUCAAGAGGGUGUUUGAGAAGAGCUGGGCCAGCUACAAGCGCAAAGCAUGGAUGAAGGAUGCCCUGAAGCCCAUCAGCGGUGGGUACGUCGACCAGUUUUCUGGCUGGGCGGCGACGUUGGUGGAUAGUCUGGACACAUUGUGGAUCAUGGGCAUGCGCGACGAGUUCUACGAGGCAGUCGAGGCAGUCGCGAAGAUUGAUUUUGGCUCCUCCACAUCACCCAGGGUGAACACGUUUGAGACGUGUAUACGAUACCUAGGCGGGCUCCUGGCUGCGUAUGACCUGAGUGGACACCAAGUGCUAAAGGAAAAGGCAAUCGAGGUGGGCGAUUUGCUGUAUGCCGGAUUCAACACCGAGAAGGGCAUACCGGUCGAUUUCAUCAACUUUGAAGAGGCCAAGCAAGGUGGAGGCUUAACUGUGGAGAGCGAAGUGGUCAGCGCCAGCCCGGGCACCAUCACUUUGGAGUUCAGCAGACUCAGCCAAAUCACGGGCAACGACAAGUACUACGCCGCAGUAUCACGCCUGAUGGAAGUAUUUUACCAGGGCCAGAAUUCCACAAAGCUACCUGGAAUGUGGCCCAUGAUGGUGUCUAUGCGUAGGCAGGAUGUGAUAUCCGGAUAUCAGUUCACCAUUGGAGGGAAUGCAGAUUCCCUGUACGAAUACCUCCCCAAGGCGCACGCUUUGCUUGGCUCGGACGAUCCCAGCGCGCACAAGUACGAAGUCAUGUCACGCACUUUUAUGGAUACGGCGAUGAAGAAUCUCUUCUUCGCGCCUAUGCUACCAGAAAAGAAGGAUAUUCUGAUUUCGGGAAACGUCGACGUCCUUGAAGAUGGACCUAGUCUUGAUCCUGAAAGUGAGCACCUUUCGUGUUUCAUUGGUGGAUUGUAUGCGCUCGGUGGGCGGCUGUUUAGCAACACUGAGUACCUGGACAUUGGAGCCAAGUUGGCGCGCGGCUGUGCUUACGCAUACGAAGCCUUCCCCACGGGGAUUAUGCCGGAGAGAUACAACAUGGCCCUGUGCCCCGGCCCAAACCACCGCCAACCCUGCGCUUGGGACGAAAAGCGUUACGCUAAAGACGCAGCUGCACGACCACAGCACAAACCUCAUCUUCCCAAAGGAUUCACUACCGCCAAGGAUCCUCGUUAUAUUCUCCGUCCCGAGGCCAUCGAGUCUGUCUUCAUCCUGUGGCGCAUCACCGGCGAGCCUGGGUGGCGUGAGACUGCAUGGAAAAUGUUCAAAGCGGUAGCCACAGCGACCGAGACGGAGCUUGCGAAUGCGGCCAUCAUGGACGUGACGAUCAAGGGAUCGGAUAAGGAAGAUUACAUGGAGAGUUUCUGGAUGGCGGAAACGCUCAAGUAUUUCUACUUGUGCUUCACGGACCCGACUCUGAUCAGCCUGGAUGACUUUGUGCUGAACACCGAGGCUCAUCCUUUGCGCCUAUUCAAGGGAUUUCAAUGAAAGCUGGAUGUAUAGGGAUUGCAUGUAAGGAGUACAAAAUGAGUUUGAUUUUUC